AUGUCCAUCGAAUAUGCACAGCAGAACAAAGGUCCUCGAAUCCUAGCCGUGUUCUGGUCGCUAACCGCUCUUACCUUGGUGGUGGUCAUAAUUCGACUUUUCAUUCGAAUAAGGAUAUUGCGCAACACAGGUUUAGACGACUGGUUGAUUUUGGCUUCAGUGGUCUGUCAAAACUUUGUGCAAAUACUCACGCUCGCGGUCUCAAAGCUUUCUACUACUGCAUUUACGGCUGUGACUACUGUCAACGUCUCCCUUGGAUAUGGUCAACAUGCAGACAUGAUUAGUCCCCACAACAUCGAUCACAUUCUCCUUCUGAACAAUGUCGAUUUUAUGUUCGGUAUCAUGUCCUUUUGCCUCCCGAAGCUCGCUAUUGUGGCAUUAUUGGAUCGACUCUUCCAGAUGAAAAAAUCCCAUCGAGUCAUGCUGUGGGGGUUAACAGUUACGGUGUUCGUGGUGUCUUGCAUUACAGUCGUCAUAAUCUGGACAAUGUGUGACCCUCCCGAGGCACAAUGGAAACCAGAACUACAAAAGCAAGGUGCCAAAUGCCGCAAUCCAUGGAUUCUUGUCAACUAUUCCAUAUUCAAUGGAUCUCUCUCUGCAUUUUCUGAUGUGGUGCUUGGGCUGUAUCCUGCGCUGGUUGUGCUCAAACUGAAGAUGUCUCUGCGAAAGAGGCUGGCUUUAUGCGCAGCACUAGGGAUGGCAGCACUUGUCGAGGCAAACGUGAACAUCCUGGCGUCCUGUAUUCCAACACUACAGCCAAUUCUCGAAAUGAUGUUUGGAAAGCGGGCUUUUAGAAGUUCCGCAGAUCGCUACAAGGAUAGCGCCCAGAAGACCAAUUGGAGUACCGGAAAAAGGACUGUUGGAUAUCAUCGCAGAGAUAAGUCGCAAUUCACAGCUGUUGGUAGCCAGGAUAGCAUCUUGGGCGGAGCAGACGAGGCUGAAAACCAUGCAUUGGGACAAAUACGACGCCCUGAAAAUAUAGCGACAACAGGGUAUAGCAAUCCUCGUUGGUAG